AUACUACUAAGACCCUAGGGUGUGUGCUUUCGUUACGAUAUCCAAAUGGAAGUUUUCCAUCACAUAAGCUGUAUUAUUCUCGAACAGGAUAUUUUGGGGAUGAUUCUCUAUCCAACAAAU